CUCCGCCCCCUCCGCCCCUUUAACCUUUAGGGUGCGCGAGCGCCGCGUCCUGCGCCGGUUCCUCCCUCCCGUCUCUGUCCCCCCUUCACCGGGGCUGUCCCGGCCGGAAGCGAAGAUGGCGGCGGCGGCGGCGGGCGCAGCGUCCGCCGAGCUGGUGAUCGGCUGGUGCAUCUUCGGCCUCCUCCUCCUGGCUAUUUUGGCGUUCUGCUGGAUAUAUGUUCGCAAAUAUCAGAGUCAGCGGGAAAGUGAAGUUGUCUCCACCAUAACUGCCAUUUUUUCUCUGGCCAUUGCACUGAUCACUUCAGCACUUCUUCCAGUGGAUAUAUUUUUGGUUUCUUACAUGAAAAAUCAAAAUGGUACAUUUAAGGACUGGGCCAAUGCGAACGUCAGCAGACAGAUCGAGGACACUGUACUGUAUGGUUACUAUACCUUAUAUUCUGUUAUAUUAUUCUGUGUGUUCUUCUGGAUCCCUUUUGUCUACUUCUACUAUGAAGAAAAGGAUGAUGAUGAUACUGGUAAAUGCACUCAAGUUAAAAUGGCACUCAAGUAUACUUUGGGAUUUGUUGUGAUUUGUGCACUUCUUCUUUUAGUUGGUGCUUUCGUUCCGUUGAAUCUUCCUGAUAACAGAAAUUCUACCCAGUGGGAAAAGGUGAAGCUCCUGUUUGAAGAGCUUGGAAGCAGUCAUGGUUUAGCUGCCUUGUCAUUUUCCAUUAGUUCUCUGACCUUGAUUGGAAUGUUGGCAGCUAUAAUCUACACAGCCUAUGGCAUGUCAGCGUUACCUUUAAAUCUGAUUAAAGGCACGCGAAGUGCUGCUUAUGAGCGUCUGGAAAACACUGAAGAUAUCGAAGAAGUGGAGCAGCACAUCCAAACAAUUAAAUCAAAGAGCAAAGAUGGUCGACCUUUGCCAGCAAGGGAUAGACGCGCCUUAAAACAAUUUGAAGAAAGGUUACGAACACUUCGGAAAAGAGGGAGGCACUUAGAAUUCAUUGAAAAUAGCUGGUGGACAAAAUUCUGUGGUGCUCUGCGUCCCCUGAAGAUCAUUUGGGGAAUAUUUUUCAUCUUUGUUGCAUUGCUGUUUGUAAUUUCUCUCUUCCUGUCAAACUUGGAUAAAGCUCUUCAUUCAGCUGGAAUAGAUUCUGGUUUCAUAAUUUUUGGAGCUAACCUGAGUAACCCACUGAAUAUGCUUUUGCCUUUACUACAAACUGUGUUCCCUCUUGAUUAUAUUCUUAUAACAAUUAUUAUGAUGUACUUUAUUUUUACUUCAAUGGCGGGGAUUCGAAAUAUUGGCAUAUGGUUCUUUUGGAUUAGAUUGUAUAAAAUCAGAAGAGGUAGAACCAGGCCCCAGGCGCUCUUGUUUCUCUGCAUGAUACUUCUGCUUAUUGUCCUUCACACUAGCUACAUGAUUUAUAGUCUUGCUCCCCAGUAUGUUAUGUAUGGAAGCCAAAACUACUUAAUAGAGAGCAAUAUGACUUUCAGUGACCAUAGAGGCAAUUCAACCCUUUCUGCGCCGAAGAGAUGUGAUGCAGAUGCCCCUGAAGAUCAGUGUACUGUCACGCGGACCUACCUCUUCCUUCACAAGUUCUGGUUCUUCAGUGCCGCCUACUACUUUGGGAACUGGGCCUUUCUUGGGGUGUUCGUCGUCGGGUUCAUCGUGUCCUGCUGCAAAGGCAAGAAGUCGGUCAUUGAAGGGUUGGACGAGGACGACUCCGACCUGAGUGACGACGAGCCCUCUGCCUACUCCGUGUGAGGGCCUCUGUGCUGCUCACUCACAGCGGGCUGCGUCUCAUGUGCGUGUCAACGUGUCAGACUAACAUUAGGAUGAACUGACUUGCUUUCAUCAAAAAUGGGAGCAUGGCUAUUAAAAACUAUAUUUUUUAUGUUUUCUGAAGUAACAUUAUUGUAUCAUAGAUUAACAUUUAAAAUUGCUAUAAUAAUAACUAUGUAAAUAUAAAACUACCAGCUUUGUGAGGGAAUGUUUGUGGAGAUUUUUUUUCAUCUAGUAUAUAAUAGUGUUGAGUUGAUUAAAAAAACCCUCCAGAAUUAAUAUUCCCUUCAUCACUUUUUAAAAACAUAAUAAAUCACUUGUGCCUGUG